GGGAGUGGGAGGGCUUUUCGCUGUUUUGAAACAUAGGAAGAAAACAGCGAACAGCCACGCCGCCCACUAAACAAGGCGAAGCGCGCAUCAACAAUUUCACAGCCGCCGCUGCUGCUGCUGCCCCGAUUAAACGCACGGAGGAAGUGGAUGAGUGCAGACACCCAGUGACAAGAGCGAGGGCUGCUUCUGUGAUCCUACAGAGGAACUAACAAAAGGGCGCUUGUAUCAGGCAACGUCUGUGUGUUUUUGUGUGGAGGUUCAAAGAGGGAGAUGAUGCUACAAAAGAGAGGAGAGAGUAGUGUUGAAAGAGAUGAAUGACCAUGUUGCCACUAAAGAGCUAAUCACUGUGAAGUCGUGGACGGUAGUGGAACAUCCAGCAUCUGAGCCAGUUGUGCUUUCUUAGCUUCAAGUGAAGUUGUGCAAACUUUCUACUAGACCUGUGUAACUUACCUUCUCUACUGGCUGCCUGCCACUGAAUAUAAAAAGGGACCCCGCCUACCUAUCUUUAAAAAAAAUGGAGACUCUUUCUCAAGAUUCAAUUCUGGAGUGUCAGAUCUGCUUUAACUACUAUAGCCCUCGCCGGCGGCCCAAACUCCUGGAUUGCAGACACACGUGCUGCUCGGUGUGUUUGACCCAGAUGCGCAGCAGCCAGAAGGAGAUUCGUUGUCCCUGGUGCCGUGGCGUCACUAAACUCCCUCCGGGCCUGUCAGUCUCCCAGCUCCCAGAUGACCCGGACAUCAUCACUGUCAUCGCCAUCCCUCACGCGUCUGAGCACACGCCCGUCUUCAUCCGCCUGCCGAGCAACGGCUGCUACAUGCUGCCACUGCCCAUCGCCAAGGAGAGGGCACUUGGCCUGCCAGGGGAGCUGGGAUGUCGCUUCCUGCCUGGCAGCCAGCAGAAGGGGGUGACCGUGGUGACCGUGCCCGAGCAGCAGCCUCUGGGCCUGGGUAUGGGGCUGGAGGGUGUGGGGAUGGGGCUGGAAGGAGGCGAGGGCGAGAGGAGAGUUACUGGCCCGGUGGUAGGAGGAGGGAAGGGCUCCACGUGGUCAGGCGUGUGCACGGUGAUCCUGGUGGCGUGUGUGCUGCUCUUCCUCCUGGGCAUCGUGCUGCACAACAUGUCCUGCAUCUCCAAGCGCUUCACUGUCAUCUCCUGCGGCUGAGGGUGGAGGGAGGCUGCUCGGACUGCCGCGGCCCCCCCCCUAGAUUCCCCCACUAGCCCUGCCUCUCCUCAGGACGCGACUGCUGAGGAGAGGGGACUAAACUCACAUCAUGGGCAUCCAAGGAAGCUACAGAGCAACAUAGAGAGAAACCGAUGAUGCAGAAGAAGAGGGCAGACAAGCAGCCUGCCAAUUAUUUUUUGGGAUACUGAAAUUAAAAUGGAAAUAUAGACAACUUCACUUUUCCUCUUGUCAACAGCACUCUGUCAGCCCUGAACCCCGUCGCCCUUUUCCUGUCUUUCCAUUUUCUCUGAAAGAACAUUUUUGGAAUUGCUCCAGAAAUGUUUUUGGCCAGCUGAUUUGUUUUUGGCUGGGGGCCGAUAUGACACUCACACUCUCAGCCGUUGGAUUGCCUGUUUAGUCUGUGGUUUGUAGAAGUACAUCAGUUAUCAUAGUGUUGUUUAGGUGAGUGUUGGUUCCAAGUGCGUUGUCUCCAGCUGGUGCUGCAGAAGAUGAGUUCGGACUUGGCUGCUCUCCGUUCUCUGAUGCUGCAGGAAUUAACUGUGCAGGAUCCACGUCCGGCCCCGUUUGAAUCAUCUGGGAAACUCAAAAUCAACACAGCUUUCAUUUUCUUUUCUUUUUUCUUUCACACAACCUGUUCCUGUUCAGAACAAACUGUUGCUGUGAUGGCUCCAUGUGGUUAGAAAUGGGAUUGUUCAUUCAUGCCAGCAUAUUACAGGCCUAAAUUAAAAAAUGCAGGUAGCAAGUUGCUUUAUUAAGGCUUAAAUGUCUGAAUUACUGCUGAAAUGACAGUCAGAGAUUGAUCGGAAAAUGACAAACACUGGAUGUUUUCAGCCUGUCAAAUGUGAUUUUUAUUUUUUUUUUUCCCUCUUCCUCUGUCUUUGUAAAUUCAGUAUCAUUGGGGUUUGGACUGUUGGUUGAACAACACAACUCAUGUGAAGACAUCACUGGGAUUUUCACAACUUUUGUUUCUAAACAAUGAGUCUCUCUAUUUAUCCAAAAUAGUGAAAAUUAUCACUAGUUGCUGUCCUAUUUAGAUUUUGGUGGGAAACUUUGUGCUACCUUCUAGUAGGAUUCUAGCUGCCAAAAAUGUACAGGCUAUCUGGUAAACAAAGAAGUUGCUCAAAAUACUGUGUUUAGAACUGAUGACAGAAUAAAAGUUCAACAGGAUUAGUUUGA